AUGCUUCCCUCCACUACUGGGAUGUUUUUCUGUCAGACAGGACCCGCGGACCUGAACGGUUCGUCUUGGGAUGCGACAACGGAAGGCCCGCAGAACUUUUCCGAAUUCACUGUUGCCGGAGACUACUAUACCACUGGAGAUGCCGAGGACUGCUUCAUUCCUUUCAGCCAGAACACACCAAGGCCGGAUCAAACGGAGACCAUGGAGGACUAUCAAGCCAAGUGGAGCGCUGCUGCUGCCGCGGUUGACAAGGUUCCAAAGGCGGAACCUAUGCGCCGCAUGACUUCCCAGAGCUCUACCAGCAGCCACAAGCAAAGGAUCACCAAGUCGACACCCCCAACCAAGAGGGUAGGAAGGUCGAGAGUUCCGUCGGUUCAUCUCACCUCCACUUCCUCGGCUUUGUCCAAGCUUGAUGUCUCUGGCAAUGGCUCCAGUUAUCAGGAUGCCUCAUUGACAAACGGCCACAUGAUGGAUGUGCCCCAGUUCUCUACUCCGGACUUUGAAUCAUUCAACGGGCACCCGGCAUUCUAUACCAGCAUGAUGGGCAUGCCGGAUGGUCUUCCCUACUCCACCGAGAUGGGACCUUCUGCUAUGAACCAGCAUGUGAACCCCCAGAUCUUCACUGCCGGUAUGAUUGGCAGCUCUCCUCAGUCUUGGGGCUCUCCUAGCCCUAUUGGCUCUUCGCGCAUGUCUUCUCCCGGAUUCUUCGAGGGGGAUGUUUUCUCUGGUGUUCCUUCUGUCUCUUCCCCUGAGGAGAGCACAAGCUCUAUCUCGCCCGUUCUUCCCAGCCAAUCGCCCAGCGCUCGCCGUAUGAGCGGCGAUGGUGAGUCUGCCAGGGAUCACUAUCUCUACAAGAACGCUCUUCCGCAAGCCGACGGUCUUUUCCACUGCCCAUGGGAGGGUGAGACCAACUGCAACCACAAGCCCGAGAAGCUCAAGUGCAACUAUGACAAGUUCGUUGAUUCUCACCUCAAGCCCUACCGCUGCAAGGUUGAAGGGUGCCAGAACGCUCGUUUCUCUUCUACCGCUUGCCUUCUUCGUCAUGAGCGUGAGGCCCACGCCAUGCACGGACAUGGAGAGAAGCCCUAUCUCUGCACUUAUGAGGGAUGUGAACGCUCGCUUCCUGGACAUGGCUUCCCCCGCCAAUGGAACUUGAGGGACCACAUGAGGCGCGUACACAACGACAAUGGCUCUACUGCCCAUGCCGCUUCUUCUCCUCCCCCGUCUGGAGCCAGUGCUUCUUCCCGGGGCCGCAAGAGAAAGAGUGAGUGUGAUAAGCAGGAAGCUCAGGAGAAGACCAGCUCUCGCAAGUCAGCCAACAAGAUUAGCAAGGCUGAGGCUCAGGCCGACGUUUACCGUGCUCAGUGGAGCGAGCACCAGAAGGCUCUCCAGAGCAUUUUCCAGGAAUACCUUCAGCCCGAGGACCCCCAGAGCCUCCAGUACAUCAAGGAUGCGCAGGAGCACUUGGCCGCCAUGGGCAAGCUUCACCAAGCCCUUUCCAGCGGUGUUCAGCCCCGCAGCUGGAAGAUGUAA